AUGGUAGCGCCAGCCUCGGUCCUGCUUCCACAUGAGCCCAGUCUCACCUCCGUACCCAUGAGCCUGGCUGGUCAAGCCAGCAUGAUCAACCAAAUCAAGGAUAGUCUCUUUGACCUGGCUGAGGCCCAUGGCCGGCUCGGUAUCAAGGUCGACCAGCUCGGCCAGCAGCUAGGAGCAGUGACGGCUGUCCUCGAGGCCCAUCGUGCGGCUAUCGAGAGGCUCACUGAGACUUCUGUGGCUGCUAAUUCGACUCUUGAGCUGAUGAAGAUUCAGCUCGAGACCAUUCUCGCCCAACUCAGCAGCGACAAUGACACAAAGGACAGGUGCUUCAAAAAGACUGAGCAGAGCCCCAGCUUGCGCUUCCAGGAGCGGGAAUACAGCCCAAAUGUCGGUGUUGGACGCUUGGACAAGCCUGUUGCAACACUUUAUGCCAACCAGCCCACCAAAACAAUGAACGGCGCAGCCAUGAACGUCAACGAAGCCGAACGUCGAGGGGACGACCCUGGCUCCAAGUACCUCAAAUCUGUGGAUUACGAGGAGCUGCAUAAUGCUCAUGAGGACGCCGAGCCACCUGUUCUGCGCGACUUCAUCGACGACAUGGAUGACCCCCGCCACUGGCUACAAGAUUGUGUCGAGCAGCUGACGGACAGUCGCGUCGCCAAGGCUAGGUGGCCGGUGGUCGUCUCUCGUGCCCUGCAGGGCCGGUCGCUCACGUGGUACCGUUAUGAGCGUAAGGCCCGCGGUGGCAAGCUCACCUGGCCUCAGUUCAAGGAAGCCUUCCUUCAAGCACAUCUCACCGGUGACAGGGUCACCAAGGUUCUGUGUGCUUUUCGUAACUUGCGCUUUGUCAACAUGGAGCAAAUGGUGGGCGAGAUGAGGAAGUUGGACAUGCAGUCAUCCAUCGCCAACUUGUCGCAGGAAAUACUCAUCGAUAAAUUCUUGACCAGUCUCCCAAAGGACAAGUACACGAACUUCUACAUGGUUUACAAGGACAGUAAGCCCAAAGUUCUUGAACAUGUUCUACAGGCGGCGCUAGAUUUGGAACGACUCUGUCAAAAGAGCUCCAAGCACAAAGACCGCGUUGGUCGCUGUCAGGAACCACGCAAUGCAAGCCUUCGCCCCGUACAUCGUCCGCCCAAGCCUCCAUCUGGAGGAGGCUCUCGCUACAGCACCGUGCGCCCUCCCAUGCGUCCUCUCAUGUAA